AUGAAGCGCUGUGGUGACCAGGGCUUCAUAUUCAAGAUUUACAUUGAGUGCCUCUAUGCAGAAAUCCAGUGGGACAAAGAACCUCUACCCAAAUUUAUGCUGAAUCGACCAAACAUCAACCAACCUGGGGGAUUCGAACUCGAUGCAGCAGACCAUGAUAAAAGACUUAGCGAGCAGACCCGUCGCAAAGCUCUCAAGAAAGCCACCAAAGAAGAACGAAUGGCCCAGCAGGAGCUAGACGUCCAGCUGGCAAGGGAAAGAGGAGACCUACCAAGCACAACAUGCAAGCACUGCAAGGGCAUGCACUGGUCUCAAGACUGCCCUACGCCUACAAAAGCACAAGGGGCUCAGAAACUGAAAGCCCCAGCCGGCUCCCUCGAACAAGAACCCAAGAUAUCCGGAACCCAGUGCAAGCACCGAAGAGAUUCAAGCUCAAACAUCCCCCUCUCCAAAAAGUGA